AUGCCGUCCGCCGGGCCGUCCAUGUCGGCGGCGGAUGGGCUCCUCGCGUUGGCGGAGGAGGCCGAGCGCCGCCGCGACUUCACCACCGCCACCUCCUGCCUGGAGUCGGCGCUCAGCCCGCCCCACGCCGCCUCGCUCCUCCCGCUCGCCGAGGCCCGCGCGCGGAUGCGCCUCGCCGGCCUGCUGCUCGCCCGCUCCAAGGGGCUCGCCAACGCCAAGGCCCACCUUGAGCGCGCGCUGCUGGUCCUCAACCCGCUCCCCUCCGCGCCGCCGCGCCUCAAGCUGCUCGCGCACUCCCUUCUCGCCACCGUCUACGGCCUCCUCGGCGCCGUUCCGUCGCAGAAGCACGCGCUCCGCCGCGGCCUCAGCCUCCUCGCAUCCGCCUCCGCCUCGGGGCUUCUCCCCUCUGGCCCGGCCCUCCUCUGGACCAGUAACUUCCAGGCGCAGCUCGCCUCCGCACUCGUAGUCGACGGGGACGCCGCAUCUGCUCUCACUACUCUGUCUGCCGGGGCUGCCGCCGCUGCCGAUCUCGACAGCCCCCAGCUCGACCUAUUCUUCGCUGCCACCGCUCUCCACGUCCACCUACUCUGCUGGGAGGACAACGCCGCCGUUGAAGACGCCGUCGCGCGCGUCUCCCAGCUCUGGGAUGCGCUCACGGCCGAGCAGAAGGAGCAUUGGGUUGGGCUGUUCUUCUACACGGAGCUGCUGCAGACUUUCUACCUGCUCAGGGUCUGUGACUACAAGGCUGCCUCGAAGCAUGUGGAGAGGCUGGACACCGCUGUUAAGAGCGAGAUGGAGAGGGGACGCCGUAUUAAAGAACUUGGUACUGAACUCAGUGCAGUAGAGGGAACGCUAGCGCAGACCAUGUUGAAGGAGAGGGAGAGGGUGGCUCUAGCGCAUAAGCAGGGGCAGUUGAGAGCUCAGCUGCAAGCGUUGUGCGGGUAUGACACAUUGAAAGAUGUGUUAGAUUAUGGGGACAAGUUACUGUUGGCACCACCGCCGGUGCACGGAGAGUGGCUCCCACGGACUGCGGUGUUUGUGCUGGUGGAUCUCAUGGUUGUGAUGGUCAGUCGGCCAAAAGGCAUAUUUAAGGAGUGUGGAAAGAGAAUACAUUCAGGACUACAGCUCAUCCAUGAGGGAGAUUUGGAACACUCAACUAUAUGGACGGCCGGGUUGUACUUGAUGCUUUUACUUCAGUUUCUCGAAAACAAUGUGGCUGUAGAACUCACGAGAUCAGAAUUUGUUGAAGCUCAAGAGGCUUUAGCACAGAUGAAAAAUUGGUUUACUCGUUUCCCAACGAUUCUCCAAGGUUGUGAGAGCACAAUUGAAAUGCUAAGGGGACAGUAUGCACAUUCUGUUGGCUGCUUUGACGAGGCUGCUUUCCACUUCCUUGAAGCAUUGAAGCUGACAGAGAACAAAUCAAUGCAAUCUAUGUGCCAAGUUUAUGCGGCAGUCUCCUACAUUUGUAAGGGUGACGCGGAAUCAUCUUCAGAGGCGCUAGAAUUGAUUGGUCCUGCUUACAGAACCAUGGACUCAUUUGUUGGGGUACGAGAGAAGACCUGUAUCAUUUUUGUUUACGGACUUCUACUUAUGAGGCAGCAUAAUCCACAAGAUGCACGGGUUCGCCUUGCAAGUGGUUUGAGAAUAGCGCACCAACAGUUGGGUAACAUCCAAUUGGUUUCUCAGUAUUUAACAAUAUUAGGUACAUUAGCACUUCAGUUACACGACACUGGACAAGCCAGAGAGAUCUUGAAGUCAUCGUUGACGUUAGCUAAGACACUUUAUGACAUCCCAACACAAAUCUGGAUCUUGUCGGUAUUUACAGAGUUAUAUCGAGAACUGGAAGAAAAGGAAAAUGAAAUGGAGAAUUCAGAAUAUGGAAGUAAGAAAGAGAUCGAUCUGCAGAGAAGGCUGGCGGAAGCUCGUUCUCGCGCUUAUCACCAGGAGCUGGUGGAGAAAGUGAGGAUCAAAGUCGAGCCGCUGCACGACUUGUUCCAGAAGCAUAACGAUAUGUCGGGCCUGCCGGCAAAUGAUGACCUUGACAUCCCAGAAUCAGUGGGGCUGUCCACUCCCCAGCCCUCGUCUGUGAGAAGGCUGGUUGAUUCAAGCUCAGUAAGGCGCAGCACAAGGAGGCGGGUGUCUUGA